AUGUUGCGCACAGACACUGGCGUCGACCGAUCAUCAGUACGACAGAGCUGGGGCAGCGACGAGCGGUUCCAUAGCAGCUCAUCGACCAACAGCAGUAAUUCGAGCAGCCACAGAGAGUCGCGCGGGCUGUGGGGGCGACUACGUAAAAAGUCGUCCGUUAACUUUGGCAAACGUACAAAUGGCUCCAAGGUCAACAGCAGCCCAAGCCACAGCGCAUCGUCAGUGAGUUUGACCUCCAGCAAAUCGCACGUCUCCAACAGCACGCCCGAUAGCGGCCAGGAGACGUGCCACAGUGACGGCGCCCUGACGCCAGUCAACAUUGGCCCGCCGACCACGCUGGGCGAAAAAGCCGACACGGCAUCAAUUAUCAACAAGCACUUGUCACUUGGUGGGCCCAGCAUCAGUGCGCGGCACCGCAGCAUCUCGGCACAGGUCGACCUCCAGCCGGUGCGGACAAACUCGCUUAGCAUCAAACGCCCCGGAACAGCCGACCCAACCAUGCGGGUCUCUGUAGAUGCAGUGCGGAAAACCGGCGGCAUGCCCAGCUACAGCAUGGACUUGCCGUGGGGCAGCCGCCCAAGUGCAGACACCCUCUACGACGCCGAUGUCAGUGCAGAAUCGAUCCGGCGCACGCUGGGCGCGUACACGGGGAAGAGUGAGAGCAAAAGCAAGCCGUUGUUUCGCACGCUGCUGUUGCGCUCGCAGAAGCCAGCUGCGGCGAAUGGCAAUGCUGCCGAUACCGCCGCGGUCAUGGGACUCGAGCGCAUAUCGGAAGAUGAGGGCGAGGAUGCCAGAUACUCGGCCACCUUCACCGGAAACCUUGGCCCAAUAGACGAGCCAGCCAUGCAGCAGCGCGCCCGUGGAUAUUCGCGCCCAACAAAAUACACUCCUGCCAGGAGCACGCCAGCUGCGCAUGCUGACUCAGGGCCUGCCAGCAAGCGCUUUUCAGAAAACAGCGGGUCAACCUUGUUUAGCAGCGAGACGCUGGCAUCUUCGACUGCUGACCAGAACCGCCCAAACGAAUCCCAGUCGUUCUGGCCAAAGGGCGACCGCCGCAGCAUCGUCAGCAUCACCCAGCAGCUGCCGCCGCUCGAUACUGUCUCGCGCCCGCCUAGCAGCAGCCACCACCACACAAGGUCCGGACUGGAGUCGUAUUCAAACCGCCUCCCAUCGCCUACCCGCGAGAACCCGCCCAAUCUGAUACCGAUGGUACAUGGGCGCGUCUCAGCGACGAUGCAGAAUGGCCGGCCAAUCGACAACGAUAUGAUGCUUGACCCCGUGGUUUUCCGCAACACCUUCUUCAACGCCCGCGCCGCCAGUGACACCGACAAUCUGAAGCGCAAGCUCAAGAGCCGCGUGUCAGCUCUACGCAAAGUGCCGUCAGACGAGUCCCUGUACAACCCCGCUGAGGACCCCGCCAGCAAGGUGCGGUUCGACACCAAUGUUGCCUUCUUACCUGACUACGAGUCUGCCGACGACCCUACCGACUCUGGUGUUGUGGAGGACAUUGCUUCGCCGACCGUGCCCGACUACGACCCGUCGCCCGAAAUAGCUGUGGCAGUUGUGUCAAAACAAAAACAUCAGCCAGCGUCGAUCGCCAUCAAUCAACCAGGCAGCCAACCAGACGACAACAUGGCGAAGACUGGCCUCCAAAUCACAAUGUGCCCCGAUACGCGGGUUGGCGAGCUAGAGAAGGAGCUACAGGCACUGAAAGCUACUGUUUCGGUGCUGCAGAACCAGAACGAUCUGCUAGUCGAGCUCGUCAAGAGAGACCCGAUCGAUGAUACACCAGAGACUGUACGCUUGCAUAUGCGCACCAUUGAGCUUGAGAACCAGUGGCUAAGGCGGGAGCUGUCGCACGCGAGGAGGCUGUGCAAACAGGCGGGGCCUGACAGCUAA